CAUUUUUCAUCUCCAAGUUAUGGGUAUUUGAUGAAUUUGCUUUCAAAACUGAUCAGGAAGUCAAUUUGUCUCCAUCUCUGCAUUUGAAACAAUAUGAACUACUCCUGCAGUCAUGGACUGAAUGAUAAAUUUAUUCAAUUCAAACUGGAUAUUUCAGAAGCAAGAUUGAUCAUAUAUGUGUGGUAUAUAAUGCAACAUUUACAAUGUCAAUUGCUACUUAAUAAAGUGACAAAUAGCUUUUAUGUAGAGUAAACUUCUUGUGUGAUAGAGCUGGUUUAUGGGAUGUGUCAUAUGAAGGGACAAUUUUGUCUUCCUUUUAACUCAACAUUCUGUUCCCUGAAUCAUCUGAAUAGUUUGUCUUUCUAGUUAAUUGUUAGUUAUUAUUGCUGUUGCUGUUAUAUUUAUAUUAUUAUUCUUACUAUAAUAAUUAUUAUUUUUUUGGGACUGACUUUUUUUGUUGUUGAAUAAUUAUUAUUAUGUUCUCAUCAUCUCAUAAUCUAAACCACCCACCAUUACCAAAUAGUCUUUAAUGUGGCCUUGCUGCCAGAAUUGCAAACAAUGCAUGAUCGACCCUUAUGCAAGAAGCACAAUAGAAUUUCAGAAUUUAUUAUUUUUCCAGAUUUCAUUUUUGAAUUUUGAACUUUUACUUAUUGAAUUUGGUAUUUAAUGCUGUUGAGAAUUUUAUAGGAUGUAAAUGUAAUCCUUGAAGCCAAAUUGAAAAGAGGCUCUAGAAAUAGCUUGGGAUAUUCUAAUUAGAGAAAAGAAGAUGAAACAAGACAAAUCCUAAGCUUCACAACCUAAGGGUGCUUGGAAUCACCUCCAAGCAGUGGUGAAGCCUAAGGUUUUCGGGUAGAUUUGAGGUGGUGAAGCUUAGAAUUUGUCAUGUUUCAUCUUCUUUUCCCUUUUUUCUAUUUGCUACUUAUUCUGUCCUGCUUUAGACUCUGACCUAUAUUACUCAUCCAAUUGCAUCUCCCUCUCUCUCAAACUGUAACCUGCAAGCUGUUGAUUCAUGUGACACAGUUGUUCAUCUUAGGUGGGGCUUUUUCUAGUGGUAUCAUUGGCAUGAAUCUGUGGAUUUUCAACAUAUUUGAAAGUGAACUAUACUAAAUUGUCUAAUGGGCUGCUUUUGCUCAAAGAAAGCUCAACCACAAGGGUAUGAGGAUCCUAUUGUUCUUGCUGCUGAAACACCUUUUACUGUCAAUGAAGUAGAGGCCUUAUAUGAACUUUUUAAGAAAUUGAGCAGUUCAAUAUCUGAUGAUGGGCUCAUUCACAAGGAAGAAUUCCAGCUUGCACUGUUCAGGAACAGAAAUAAAAGAAAUCUCUUCGCGGACAGGGUUUUCGAUUUAUUUGACAUAAAGCGCAAUGGGGUUAUUGAGUUUGGAGAAUUUGUUAGAUCAUUGGGUGUCUUUCAUCCAAAUGCAUCUGUAGAAGACAAAAUUGCAUUUGCUUUUAAAUUAUAUGACCUGAGGCAAACCGGAUAUAUUGAGAGAGAUGAGUUGAAGGAAAUGGUCUUGGCACUUUUGCAUGAAUCAGAUUUGUUACUUUCAGAUGAUGUUAUUGAAGUAAUUGUGGAUAAGACUUAUAAUGAAGCAGAUGCAAAAGGUGAUGGAAGAAUUGAUCAAGAAGAGUGGAAGGAGUUUGUUUUGAAAAAUCCUUCUCUGAUAAAGAACAUGACUCUACCGUAUUUAAAGGAUAUAACACUCGCAUUUCCCAGCUUUGUUGUUACUUCUGAAGUCGAAGAAUCAGAAAUAUGACUUGGAAUUCCAUAAAGAGGAAUAUAUCAACUAUCUCAUGACCCAUGACCGAGAAAUCUUUUGAACCUCAUUUUAUGUGAUGGAAUGUGGACUUUGGAGGAUAUAAUAUCUAACCACAGUUGAAGAACUGAAGAGUUUGCAACUCCAUGAAGCGUAGCCAACAAAUGAAGACUCGCUCCCUAGGCUGCACAGUAUCUUUGCUAUCUUCAAAUACAUGUUCACGGAAUGCGGGCUGGUACCAAUAAUUUGUAUAUAGGUUUCAUUUUUGAUUCUAUAUCGAAAGUUUUUAAAUAAACUGUAAACUGAAUAGAGAUAAAUGUAUUUCAUAUUGUAUGUA